UAUUUCCCCCUUUUAUCUCAUUUUUGCACAAGAGUCCAUUGAGAAGUAGUGAAGAAGAAAGAUAGAAAAGGAAUCAAUUCUUUGUUUCGGACACGUUUUGGGGUAUCUUUGGAAAAUAAGGAAAAUUUGACACUUGGUUUUGGAGGCAUCUUUUCUGUCUUUGGCAUUCCUUAUUUAAUCCCUCGUUAUUAUCGUAGACCUAGGGCUACGGCAUUCCUUCGGGAGAGAGUCUCAGUGGUCUUUUUUCAGAGGAAAACAUCAUUUUCUGAAAAAUGGCUGGUGAAAAGUCAUCAGAUUCACUUCCUGCUGGCUGGAUUUCGAAGUAUAAGGUCCAUAGGGAUGGUUCUAGGUUCAAGUAUUACAAAAAUGUGAGGACUGGAAGGAUAAUUUAUCGAAAGAAAGAACUUCUAGAUUUUGUGGAAAGUGAAAGGAUGAGAAUCCCAUUUCCCAUCAUGGGUGAGAAAAGCAGCGGCCAAUGCAGCCAAGAUUUGCCAGAAAGCUCAAAUAGAAGGGUUUCUGAGGAAAAAGCUUCAGCUACUGAUAGUGAUGAUGAGCUGGAGGUGAGAAGGGUGAGGGAGGGGACGAUAUGUUACACAAGGAGAUCCAAGUCCCCCAAUCCAUCCCCAAAUCCCUUGCAUUGCUUUUCGUGGAUUGAGGGUGUUGUAACUUUCCAAGCACUUGUGCAAGAGGCAGUUAACUUGCGAAAAGCCAAUGAAGCCAAUCAAGUUGUGGAUGGUGAACCUGGGGAGCCCCAAGCUAUGUCUGUGGAUGGACGAGGAUCUUCUAAAGAAUAAGGAGAACCUCAUCUGAAGGAGAGUCCUUACUCCUGCUUUGUAGAGUUUGUCUUAUGUGCAAAACUCUCUGGUAAGGACACCAAAUAAGGAAAUUGAACCAUCUCUUUUAAAGAUGCUCUAAACUUUGGGACACUUUGUCAUCUGAGGGCCAUCUCCGUGUAUAAACAGAGAGGAUGCCCAUAUCUGUGAUCCUGUGUGCGUGCACUUUUCAAUUUUCUGAAGACUGCUCGCUUAUAGACUUUUUCUUCUGCCCCCUCCCAAACAUUAUGUUUUUGUUGGGUUGAAUGUUUUAACUCUCCUUUUAGCUUAUAGACUUUUUCUUUUGAACUCUC